GUUUUCACGGAAUACUUCUGAUAAAAGUGAAUGUUCUAAAAGUGAUCCUAUGGAAGAACUUUCAUGUAAACUAGAAAAUAUAUCAAAAAAUUGGCAAAAUAUAUGCUCAGAAUAUAAUAGUAUAUGUAAUACUAAGUUAUGUGAAUAUUUGGUAUAUUGGUUUUAUGGUAAAAUGUAUAAUAAUAACAAAUUUACACUUCCUAUUAUGAUUUCACUUUAUCGUGAUUUGCUGAGCUUAUGGAGAAAUAGUUCUUGUUGUGCAAAGAACAGUGAUAAUCGAUGUAUUAAAAAUGUAAUAAUAGAAUUCGAUAAGGAGUUGCUGAGAAAUAAGAAAGAAUUAUAUGAUUUUUCAGAAUAUUAUGAUUAUGUGAGAAAUAAAUUGUCCACUGAGAUGCAAAAUAAUAAAGAGUAUUGUGAAUAUACUAAAUAUAUCUUCAAAUUAUACAAUAAAUUAAAUGAAAAAUAUAAAGAAAGGGGAUUACCACACAAAAAUAAAAAAGAAUUGACUUUUUUUAAAUG